UCUCUGAACGUCCUUGGACGUUUCCUUCUCUUUAAAAUUUCUCAAAUUGAUAAAUUCCAGUGCAAAAAACGGAGAAAAUAAAAACAACAAGAGUUAUCCCUCAACUACUCAUCGAUUCAAUUUCUUAGUCGUCUGACUUAUCGCAGAGCUAUCAUUUUCUGUGCAAGGACAAUCUUUAGUAUCAUGGAGGGAUUGGGAGAUGAAAGUGGAUCACCUGCUGCCAAAUGGAGAAGUGAUUUUUCAAGGGCAUUUCAGUAUUACUUGGAUAGGUCAACCCCUCAUACUUUGCGGAGGUGGCUGGGAACAUUGGCGUUGGCAAUGAUAUACGUUUUACGUGUUUACUAUAUUCGAGGGUUUUAUGUUGUUUCCUACGGUUUGGGGAUAUAUAUCUUGAAUCUCUUGAUUGGUUUUCUAUCGCCCAAAGAUGACCCUGAGCUUGAAGCUUUGGAUGGGGCUUCCUUGCCAACUAAAGGUUCUGAUGAAUUCAAGCCUUUCAUUCGCCGCCUUCCUGAGUUUAAGUUCUGGUAUGCAAUUACUAAGGCUUUUGUUGUGGCUUUUGUUUUGACCUUCUUCUCUGUAUUGGAUGUGCCUGUUUUUUGGCCAAUAUUGUUAUGUUACUGGAUUGUGCUAUUUGUUCUCACAAUGAAACGCCAAAUCAUACAUAUGAUAAAGUACAAAUACAUCCCAUUCGAUAUUGGAAAGCAGAGUUAUACCAGUAAGAAAUCAUCUGCAAGUAGCAGCAGAGCUAUGGACUAAAACCUGCAAAACCAGUAAAGAAGGCAGGAGUAGAACAGCAGCUUUUGGAAAUUGCAUAUUGGUAAAAACCUUGGUAGUAUUACUGAAACAACUGACUCACUUUUCUUAUGUAUAGCUAACAAAAUAUAAUCCAGGUAGAUUUCUGCAUACAUAUUGGAUGAAAAUUCUGUAUUUGAUGUGACAUUGAAACUAUAUGGCCAAUAUGGUGGCUGCUGUUGGUUAUGCAGAUCUUGCAUGGAAUGUUUAUCAUGUUUUGUUUUUUAUUUUAUUAUUUCUGGUUUGUCAAA